UGGGUUCGAUAAAUUGAUGGAGAAGAUUGGGAAUGUUGAUAUUCGGGUAAAACGAUACCUAGAAGAUGCUGGAAGAGAUAAAUGAUCUAGGCUUUAUUCACCUGUUAAUAGAGGAUGGACAAUGACUUCGAAUAUAGCCGAAUGUAUUAAUGGAAAACUGGUUGCUGCAAGAGAGUUACAUAUUUUUGAUUUCCUUGAAGAAGUGAGGAAGAUGUUUGGUAGAUGGAAUUGGACAAAUAGAAAAAAUGGUACCUACACAUUCACAACACUGAUGAGGCGGUAUCAAGAGAUGUUGUCGAUCAACGAGUACAAAUCAAUACGAAUGAGGGUUGAAGCGUCAACUGAAUAUGUUUACACAGUGAAUGAUGGACCGAGGCGUUUCAUAAUAGAUUUGAAGAAGAAAACUUGCAGCUGCAGGAUGUUCCAACUGGACGAGAUACCGUGUUCUCAUGCAUGGGCAGUAUUGAAGAAUAAAAAUUUGACUGCUGAUGUAUAUUGUUCGGAUUUAUUCAAGCCGGAAACAGUUGUGAACACAUAUGAUGUGCCAGUUGAUCCUCUUCCCGAUGAGACCGAGUGGAAUGUUCCUAAAAGUAUAUUAGAUGAAGUUGUUAUGCCACCGAUCUAUAAGAGACCCCCUGGGAGGCCAAAAAAGAAGAGGGACAAGCCAUUACAGGAGUUGAUGAUUGGUAAACGCAGAAAUUCCUGCGGUAAAUGUGGACGUCUUGGUCAUAAUAGGCGUUCGUGUGAUAAUCCGCCGCUCAAUAAGAAGAAUAAAUAAGUCCAUUUUGAUUUUAUUUGUUAAGACAAUUCUACUUUAAAUUUCAGUUAAAAAUAAAAAAUGAAUUCAUCUUGAAUUCAUAUUAUUCUAGUAUGAUUGUAUUUCACAUGGUUGAACAUCCGAUGUUUUUCAAUGUAAUGCUAUAUUGGUGGUUAAAUGGUAUUU